GCAGGUGUGUGAGCACAUGGAGGAUAAAUCGGUCAGAGGCAGUGUCUUCUCACCAGAUUUGCAACGUCUUGUGUACUUCGGUGGUUAUCGAGAAAGUGUCCACUUGCUGGCCCUGGAUGGUAUGGCCAGGCCCCAGUGGUCAGCCGACCUGCCAGCUCAAUCUGAAGCCGAAGUGGUCCACUCAAUCCGCCGCGCAGCUUCUGGGGUAGUUGCCGUCUCUUUCCUCAGGGACAACGUCUCUUCCCAUCUUGGGGAAGCUCCUUCGCGGUAUCGUUUCGCAAUAGUGAAGACUUGGUCAGAUGUGGGUCACAUGCUCUGCACUAUCGACCUUAGGACCGAUCGAGCCAGCGAGCUUGCAUUGUGCCCAGAUGGCACGCGACUCGCAAUUGAUUCCAUGUCUGGUGACAUCACGAUCUGGAACGCAGAGACUGGCAGCUUUCUCUUUAGAGUCGCGCUACGGAAUUCCAGAAUCAUCCAGCUGUGUUGGAGCGACGAUGGACAACACAUAGCCGCCACCACAUCGUUCGAUUCGGUUAUGCUCGAUCUGGAUAGGCUCGAUUCGGAUAGUCUCGAUUUUUAUCUGAACGGAGAGGGAUGUUUCCGUAUGUUCAAUGGCGAAACAGGCCAACCUCUACGACUAUGGAACUUCUCUAAUUGGACAACUUCACCGACCAUCGCCAUAUGCAGCAAUCAAGAGUUGGUAGUAUGGUCCAGCUAUCCGCGGACAAAGCACAGAUUGGUUUCCGCGGUUACAGGCGCCGCGGUGGCACAAGACGUCGAGUAUCCAGAAGCCCAGGAUAUCGGCGCCUCCCCAUUACGCGGCGCGCCGACGUUACUGUUUCCGUCCAGCACAAAACAGCCGUGCUUUCUCACAGCUAGCCAGAUUUCUACAGGGCUCACCGAAGUCAAGCUGUGGAACGGGAGCGCGCAGAGGUUACUCGGCCAAUGGCAAAUAGGCGGGGACGCCGAUAUUCUAGCCAUUCGUGCCGACAACAAGUGCAUCAUCACAGACCGUGGGUGCAUGAAGCUGCAGGCGCCAGGGAUUCAGGGCUUCGACUUUGUCACGCCGCCUGAAACGUUGGAGACCAAGACGCCUUCCAUCACGUGGGACGGUGUGGGAGUGAGCCUGGACGAUUCCUGGAUUACGUGUGACGGUGAGCGGGUGCUGUGGUUGCCGACAGACUACGCGCCCGUGGCAGGAAGGACAGUAUCUGGAGACACCACGUGGCUUAGGACAAGAGAUCUGGGGCUGGCAAUCAUAACCUGCAAGACCAGCAUCCUGCGCGAUUUAAUGCGUAGGAGACCUUGAGUGUCCAUCAAUUAGGAAGAUGCAGCGGUCAUGGCAGGCCUGGCGCAGGAACAGGGCAUCGUCAUAUAGAUUUCUGGCAAUUAGCCAUAAUUAUUGCAAACGGAG